UGAGACCUAGACUAUGAAAGAUCAAUGCACCGAAGUAAAAAUUGGACGCAUUUAAAACUUUUAGUCCAAAAUGUUUUGCUCCAAAUAUUUUGUGACCGCCUCAAUCCGACUGAUUUAAAACUUUUAGACCAAAAUGUUUUGCUCCAAAUAUUUUGUGACCGCCUCAAUCCGACUGAUAUUUUAUUUGGGCCCCUUAGACCAUCUGCAAUGGAGGUCCGUUAAGGAUCCUUAGCUCCAUAUCCAAUGUUUAUCAGAUUAAAAAACUAUUAUUUGAGUAACAUAAUACAAGGAUUGAUCCUUACAUAAGGAAUUUAAGGAUCAAAUCCUUGUCUAUGUGGCGGCUUGACUCUCUCAUUGAUUUCUGUCCAUCUCCUUCUUCGUUUCCUUUCCUCUGAUUUUAUGCUAGAUUUGUAGCUCUCUGAUUGAUUUCUGUGUGGAUCGAGCCAUGUGGAGCCAUGUCUUUCCUUUCCGCUGCCUCUGAAGAUGGCAGCCAUGUCUUUCCUUUCGGCUUCAUCUGAAGAUGGCAGCCAUGUCUUUCCUUUCCGCUGUCCCUUCGAGUUUUUUCCAUGGUGGUGGUCUUCCUGUGGGUAGGAGCGAUCUCUGUCUCUUCGGUUUCUACCCUCAAACUGGAAAUUCACAGAGACCCUCUCUUUUCAUCAGGUGGGUUUCUCUACUUUCGAUUAGUUAUAGAUUGAUUAGAUUUUUGAAGCUCUUUGCUUCAAUCUAUAGAUGUCUGUGGUAAUGAUGGCUAAAGUCGAUAGCUUUAGUAGAUUUUUAUUGUGGAUAUGUGAAAAACAGAACUAGAGAAGACACAAAGUAAGAGACUUGUGUUGUUAGUAAUAAUGGAGUUUGGGUUCAAUGUCCACUGCUGAAGGAGCUGUCUCUGAUUUGUUUGGGAAGCCUCUCUUCUUAUCCCUCUACGACUGGUUCAUGGAGCAUGGAGGAGUUUACAAACUUGCGUUUGGUCCAAAGGCAUUUGUUGUCAUCUCUGAUCCUAUUGUUGCGGCAUGUCCUCAGAGAGAACGCGUUUUCUUAUGACAAGGGAGUUCUUGCUGAGAUCUUAGAACCCGUCAUGGGAAAAGGGUUGAUACCUGCUGACCUUGAUACCUGGAAGUUAAGAAGAAGAGCUAUAACUCAUGCGUUCCAUGCAUUGCAUUUGGAGGCCAUGGUCAAAGUAUUCAGCAACUGUUCUGAGAAAAUGAUACUGAAAUCUGAGAAACUCUUAAGGGAGAAAGAAGUUUGAAGCGGAGGAGGGGACACGAUUGAGUUGGAUCUUGAAGCAGAGUUCUCGAGUUUGGCUCUUGAUAUUAUAGGGCCUAGCGUGUUCAACUAUGACUUGUAAACAUUUUUAAACUUGUAUCAAACAUAGAUAUUUUUAAACUCUAUCACACUUAUAUUAAAUGAAACCUAUAGUUUUAAGAAGAUAAACUUAUACAUAAGAUAAGAAAAACUAAUAGAAAUUCUUUAGCUUAUAAUUUAUAAUUUUUUUUUUAAAUUGAAAUUGAAAAACUUAUAGUUUUUAAACUUAUACAUUUUUAAACUUCUCUUUUCUGGUAUAUUUAUUUUUAAUCAUGCAAUUAAUAAAAUUUCAAUUUCAAUUUAAAAAAAAUUAUUUUUUUAUUUCUAAGAACUCCUAAUUGAGGAUCACCAUUUGACACAUUAUUUUGACUAGAGUCCUUAACUAUUCAAACAAAAAAAAAU